CGGUCAAGGCGAAUUAUCCAUGCAUAAAAUGGCGUGCAAAUUACCCUCAUCUCCGCCAGAAAAGUUACCCCAUUGUUGCUUGCAGAGAAUUGGAAAAAUGCCGCUGAAGCUCUAUGAUGCCACGGUUUCAAGCUUCGACGGAGUCUUCGAGAAGUUUCGAUCAGAGGCGCCGAAGAACAAGGCCAAUCUCAUCCUAUUCCUCGCCGACAAAGACCCUGCUACCUCUCUCAGCUGGUGCCCUGAUUGUGUGAGGGCUGAACCUGUGAUCUACAAACAGCUGGAAGCUGCAUCAGAUGAUAUUGCACUACUGAGGGCUUAUGUUGGAGACAGACCAACAUGGAAGAAUCCUCAGCAUCCAUGGAGGUUGGACUCAAGGUUCAAGGUCACAGGGGUACCAUCGUUGGUCCGUUGGGAGAAUGACACAGUCAAAGGUCGCCUGGAGGACAAUGAAGCCCACAUUGAACACAAGAUUGAAGCUCUUGUUGCCUGAAAUGAUUGCCGGUGUAGCUCACUUCUGUAUCAUGUAAGAACUACUAGUUAUGGUGUAAUCUUCCCAGCAAUUCAUCCAUCUUAUUAUUCUGCGUCUAGAGCUUUGCUGGUGGAUCCUACAAUGAAACAAAAUAUUGAGUACUAGUCAAUGAACCCCCAAUAUCCUUGUAGCAUCAUCUUGGGACAUGAACUAGACAUUGCAAGAUAUGACACUAUGGCUCUCUUUGGUAGUA